GGGGAAAAAGUGGAACAAACCUGCCCCCGCGAGGGAACGAACAAAAGCCAGGGUUUUCAACUUUUCACUCCUGGUUCUCUCGCUCUUCUCUCUCUUUCACUCUCCGUUUUGGCCUUUGGGGGUCUAGCGGAAAUGGUAAACUCGUCGAAGGACGACUCGGCUACCGACGCCGACACCUCUAGCGGCGGUACUCCUCCCUCCAAUUCCAGCGUCUACUCCGAGGGCGAGAAGGUCCUCGCCUAUCACGGCCCUCGCAUUUACGAAGCCAAGGUCCAAAAAGCUGAACGUAGGAAGAAGGAAUGGAGAUACUUUGUUCACUAUCUUGGUUGGAACAAAAAUUGGGACGAGUGGGUGGGUGUGGACCGUCUGAUGAAACAUACUGAAGAGAAUGUCAUGAAGCAGCAGGCCCUUGACAAAAAACAGGGUGUAGACAAGAAUCCAAAGUCAGGACGUUCAGCUCAAACAAAGCCAAAAAGCUCUGCGGAUGCAAAACUUGAUAAAGAAGACCUGAAGAACAAUGUGUCAAAGGGGAAGAAGCGAAAGAGUGACUCAGGUGCUGAGAAGGACAAUGUAUCUCUAGAAAAGCUUGUCAGGAUACAAAUUCCAUCUUCACUAAGGAAGCAACUGGUUGAUGAUUGGGAGUUUGUUACUCAGCAGGACAAGCUUGUUAAACUUCCACGUUCACCAACUGUUGAUGAUAUUUUGACAAAAUACCUUGAAUACAGGUCAAAGAAGGAUGGCAUGAUGACUGAUUCAAUAGGAGAGAUCUUGAAAGGUAUUAGAUGUUACUUUGACAAAGCAUUGCCAGUGAUGCUCUUAUACAAGAAGGAACGCAAACAAUAUCAUGAAGCUGUUGUGGAUAAUGUCUCUCCAUCAACCAUAUAUGGUGCUGAGCAUCUUUUACGGCUCUUUGUUAAGUUGCCUGAGCUUUUGGCAUAUGUGAAUAUUGAAGAGGAAACACUGACACGCUUGCAGCAGAAAUUGCUUGAUUUUCUCAAGUUUCUACAGAAAAAUCAUAGUACUUUCUUCCUUUCUGCUUAUGAUGGCUCGAAAGUUUCUGAAGGAAAAGGCAAGGGAAAAGAUGAGUGAGCACUCUGCUUGCCUUGUCCUCUCUCACACUUUAACAAUCCAUCCAGGACAGAACAUCUAAUUGUUGUUGUAGCAGUAGCAUUUGUAAUUCAUUCUUUGUAUCUGAAAUUCUUUAUCUUAAUUUGACAUUCUUCCGGGACUUUCUUGUACCAUGAGUGCUACCUGUUGCAAUACCCCAGUGUUACGUUUUGUAACUCUUUUAUUAAGUAAUUGUUGUAGUGUGAUCUGCAUAUCAAGAAACCAAA